UCCAUAAUAAUAAUAAGCUGAACAGAAAGUAAAAUCUGUCAUCUUUAACCAUUUUCUGAAUGUUUUGUUUCAGAAUGUCAACCAAUGAGAGGGACGAGACAGAUGACACCCAAGCAGUGCCGGCCCGAAAAGCCUCCGAGGGCAGUAACAGGAGAGAGGGCAACAAUGACAAGAGCCAUCACAGAGACGUUACAGAAGGUCCCUCUCAGCCUAAUGAUGCAGAUGCAAAUACUGUCGCUGAUAAGAACUUGGCUCUACUUAAAGCCCACUCCCUGGAUGUGAAGUUUGAAGUUGGGGAAGAAUAUGACAUUAUUGAGACCAUUGGUACAGGUGCUUAUGGUGUGGUCUCAUCGGCCCGGAGACGAGACAAUGGCCAGCAGGUGGCAAUAAAGAAGAUCCCUAAUGCCUUCGAGGUUGUGACGAAUGCCAAACGCACGUUGCGAGAGCUCAAGAUUCUCAAGCACUUCAAACACGACAACAUCAUUGCCAUUAAAGACAUUCUCCAGCCGAUGGUCCCUCACUCGGCUUUCAAAUCAGUGUAUGUGGUUCUUGACCUUAUGGAGAGUGACCUGCAUCAGAUUAUUCACUCCUGUCAACCUCUGACCCCAGAACACACACGCUACUUCCUGUAUCAGCUGUUAAGAGGCCUGAAAUACAUUCACUCAGCCAACGUCAUUCACCGGGAUCUCAAGCCGUCCAACCUGCUGGUCAACGAAAACUGCGAGCUGAAGAUUGGCGACUUUGGCAUGGCACGCGGAUUAAGUGUGGCCCACUCUGAAGAGUCACGUUCCUUUAUGACCGAGUAUGUGGCCACCCGUUGGUAUCGCGCACCUGAGCUCAUGUUGUCGCUUCACCACUACAGCUUGGCCAUCGACCUCUGGUCUGUUGGCUGCAUCUUUGGUGAGAUGCUCGGCAGGAGGUAUAUGUUUCCAGGGAAGAACUAUGUGCAUCAGCUUCAGCUGAUUCUUUCAGUUUUGGGAACGCCGCCCGAGAGAAUCGUCGUCUCGAUAGGGUCGGAUCGGGUGCGUUCUUACGUGCGAAGCCUCCCAUCAAAAGCGCCAGAGCCGCUUGCAGCACUGUAUCCGCAUGCUGAGCCCAGUGCAUUGGACUUGUUGGGCGCAAUGCUCCGAUUUGACCCUCGCGAGCGGAUCAGUGCAUGUCAAGCCCUCGAACACCCUUACCUCGCCAAGUACCAUGACCCAGAUGACGAGCCAGUGUGCGUUCCUGCCUUCAAUUUUGAAUUUGACCGGCAGCCAAUGGGCAAAGAACAAAUCAAAGAAGCUAUACUAGUAGAAAUCCAGGACUUUCAUAAGAAGAAGCAGGGCAUCAGGAAGAAGAUACAGUUUAAACCACCCCAUUCUAGUUCGGCGGGGGUUGGGGUGUCAGGUAGCACCCUUUGCGUGGCUCCACAGUCUCAAUACUUGACGGAAACAGCACAAACUCACACAAAUCUCAACUUCAAACCGACAGACACUACACAAACUCAAACGAAUGCAAACUCGUUUCAAGCUCCACAUCACCUUACUCAAAUUCUGCCACAUUUGGCUCAGGAAAGCUGCCAGGAUGUGGACAUGCCCAGCGCGAACUCCGACGGCCAGCCUGAAACCAUCGAUCUGACCACUCCCACAGACAAGGAAAUGUCGUUUACCGAACCGGUGACGAACUGCGCAAAGGAGGAGCUUGUCUCGUCCAAUCAAAUGCUUCCGUCCCACCCCAUCUCUCAGACUCCGCCCACUUCAAGUCUUUCUCAGUCGAUGCCUUCACUCUCUCUCACACAGUCCCAGGCUCAAUCGCUCUCUCAAAAUCUCACACGUUCCCUGGGGAAAGGAGGGAAAGCGACAACCGGGGAAGGUACAAAAAAAGAGGGAGCAAUUUCAGAAGACACAAAAGCAGCUCUCAAAGCUGCCUUGCUUAAAUCAGCACUAAGGCAGAAGGCUCGAGCUCUUGGUAUAGAUUUAAUCAGAGGAUCUGCUGGAGGUUUAUCCUCAUCCCUCUCUUCCUCAAACUCUGGUCCAGAGCAGAGGAAGACAGUCACAGCCCAGGAGAGACAACGAGAGAGGGAAGAGAAGCGGAGGAAGAGACAGGAGCGUGCGAUGGAGAAAAAGAGGAAGCUGAAAGAGAAGGAGAAAAAGGUGGGAAAACAAGGUGAAUCUUUGUGCGGCGUUUUACUCAGCGACAACGACAAGAAGCUGUUGGAGCGCUGGGGGCGAAUGAUGGACAAUCACGUGGAUAAACCGCAGACCGCGGAAACCAAUAGUGCCAAAACUGGUGAGAGUAAGAUAGUCCAAAUCCAGCCAGCAAAAGGAAGCAAUGUCGUAAAGACAAACUCAGACGGGGGAGAAUCAAUGCCACCAAAACAACCCAGCAGAGUGCAGGCUUUCAGACCCCCACAAAUGCUGCCUCAAAUGGGACAGUGUUUGGCAGCUGGAAUAUUCCAUCCAAAACCGACACAUGAUGCACCGUCCGUCUCUUUAGGUCCAGCUCAGAAUGGAGACGAUGGGAUAGUUGCUGUAGGAGGAGGUGAAAGUGUUGGUGUGAUAACCACCCCAUGUGCCUUUGCCAAAAACAUCACAUUAAAACCUCCGUUUCUGACUGUUGGAACAAUGUUCGCCGGUCUUGGGAACUGGACAGGAACAUCUCAGCACCAACCCCAGAAGACCCACCAACCUCCCCCAGAACUGAAUAACCCUGCACACACGGGCUUCACGCAUAUGCAAACGCAGCCGAAGCCCGUCACGCAUGCACAGUCACAGUCCAACGCUCACAUCCAGCUGCUGCCGCUGGAAUCCUUUAUGACCAAACCAUCAGCUCUGAACCCCAGAAUUGGCGUUUCGGACACCAGCACGUCUCUUUCCAAUCCAGAGACUGGCAAUGGUCCUCAAACCCUGGACAAACUUUGCAUUUUAGAGGAGCGACAAAAUGGCUCUCAUACACAGGGCCCUUCAAAACAGCCUCCAGGAGCUGCAGCUCAACCCUGCCUUGGUCUCACUGACACGGGACAGCCGGCAAACAGCAUCCCUGACAUCCACACAGUCACACAGCAGCUCUCAAAGUCACAGUCGCUUACCGAACUCCAGCACUCCGACUUCAGGGAAAGGUCAGUUCAGAUCCCGGUGACCGCAAAUCACAAUGACUUGGCCCCCCUGUCUGCGUCCCUGCUCUCUGAUUGGCUGGAGGUACACCGCAUGACCCCUGCUGACAUGGAGUCACUUCAGCAGGAGCUCCAGCUGGGAUCUCCCAUGAUCCUCUCUGACAACUCAACGCUUCCUGAUACUUGA